CAACGCUGCGUACAGAGCUUUAGGCGCGCUGCACAGGCGUGCAGACGUCUCUGCCAUCGACAGUGACUGCUCGGUUCCGGCACUUCUCCUUGAUUGCAUCCGUGCGAGCCACUGCAGCCAUUUGCAAUCGAGAGGGACUCGAGCAGCCACUGCAUCCCUACGCCCCGAAAAAAGUAUGGCAACCUUCCAGGGAGGUGCCGGCAGUGAUGCCGCACCGCUCGUGCUUGAAAUCAUCAAACUAACAAACCUACCCAAGCGGGAACACGACCGCACGCGCUGCCCCUUCGUCCGCGUGCACCUCGAGCCGGCCGACGCGCCGCCGCCGCUGCCGCCGCGGUCGCCGGAAGUGAGCCCGAAGGACCUGGCCAAGCUCAUGGCCCAGAAGUCGCUGUCCGAGGCGGACGCCGCCCGCGUCAAGGACGCGCUCGCGACCGGGGCACAACCAGCACCGGAAGAGCAAAAGAAGGGCCGCUGGUCGCGCACGCGCGCCGCCGCCGCCGCGCUGCAAAAGAAGGCGUCGUCGACGACGUCCGCUUUACGAGCGCGGGCCAAGGAGCACCUCGACGAGACGCGCGCGCCACCAAACGCGCCCGGGUCUACGGAACCGCUCGAGACGUCCCACCGCCUGAACACUCUGGAACCGCAGUUCUUCUCAUUUUUGAGAGUUGCCGAGCGCUGUACGCGAGACGACGUCGUCGUAUUAAGGGUCCACGACGCGGCGGCCACAAGGACGAAAUACCUGGGCGAGGCGCGCGUGCCCGUCGGCUUCCUCUCCUCCUCUACUACGCCCUUCGCUGUUGAAUUAGCGGCCGAGAAGCACCGCUCAAAUGACGCGUGCGAGAUCUAUGUGAGGCGCGUGCCCGUUUCAAAAGGGCCGCCGCGGACCGUGUCGCUCAUCCUCGUGCGGCACGGCGAGAGCCGUUCGUAUCCGUGUGGACAUCAAAGUUCGGAUGCUGCUCGAUGGCGUGGAGGUUCUACGCCAUCGACGCGACGUCGGCCCCGUAACUGCACCUGCUCGAUGGCGUGGAGGUUCACGAAGGUCGAUUCCACGCAGGCUGGAACGAGGCCAAGUCCGACGCGAACUACUCGGCCAUGGUUUCGAAGAGGGACCACCCCCUGACGCCGCAGGGCGUCGCACAGGCGAGGGCACUGAACGAUAAGUGGCGGCGAGCCUUGGGGCGGGACUUUGGGGAACGACCCCUGCCGUUUCUUGAGCUGGAUGAUUCGGGCUACCUCGGCGACAAGGGUGAUGCCGAACGAUUAGAAAGGGUCGAUGUAGUGUGGGCCUCGCCCUUGACCAGGGCCCUGCAGACGGCCCUUGUUGGAUUCCACGGCUUCCCUCCCCUGAGAAGUUUGGCGCUGCACGCGUCCUGCCGCGAAGUCAAAAACGUCGGCGGCUUUGACAGCGUUGGAUUGGAGACUGGGUCGUACAGCAUCCUCCAGCGGUGCGAGAAGAAGCUCGCCGAGGCCGUCGAGUCCCAAGAGGCGGCCUCUACUAUAUGUAGUGGCCUGGCUUGUGACGCCCGCGACGCCGCGGGCGAGUGGUGGCUGCCGUCCGAACGGCGCGAAGGCAAAAGAGCAGUAGACCGGCGAGCCGCCGAGUUUUUGAGGGAGGUCCAGUACGAGACGCUCGAGGGUCAUUGUCAGGCACCGCUCGUCGUGUCGCACUCGCACUUCAUCCGAGGGCUGUUUAAGAGAUAUAGGGACGCCGCGGACGUGACCACGAAACCGUUCUCCGUAAAAAAGCUGGCGAACUGCGGCGUCGUGGCCGUGGACGUCGUUUUUGACGACGCCGCUGGUGGGGCACCCUCAAUGCGGAACCCGCGACUCUUGUUCGGCUCGGCGCUCGAAGGCGACGGCGAGUCCGACGAGUCGUCGGAGGACGAAUCCGGGUCGAGGUUGGAGCGGGCGAAGAACUUCGGGAGCGGGGUCUUGUCCUCGAUCGAGAAGCGCGUGCGGCCGGCGCGGAGCUACGCGAACACGCCGGACACUGGUAGCGUGGACCUCCUUGGCCUGGAUGGGCCGCUGUUCGCGCCGCCGGUGGCGCCGCCGCCCUGCCCGCCGCGCGCGGCGCCGUCCUUCGAGGAGGGGGACGGGUCGCUUAUUUAG